AUGAAUUUCAGAUCAACUUUACUCAUUAACGGCUCGCCUAGAGGAAGGAUAUCACCGAGCAGAGGCAUCCGUCAAGGAGACCGUCUUUCUCCCUACAUAUUUAUCUUGUGUAGUGAGGUUCUCUCGGGACUGUGUAACAGAGCAAGCGAGGAGGGUUCUCUUAAGGGGAUCCGGGUGACGAGAGCAUGCCCUCGAGUCAACCAUCUCCUCUUCGCGGACGACACAAUGUUCUUCAUAAGAGCUAAUAAAGAUAGCUGUCAGACGCUUAAAAGAAUCCUCAGCCAGUAUGAGGAAGCGUCAGGGCAGUCCAUCAACAAUCUGAAAUCGUCUAUCACCUUCUCAAAAAGAGCCCCGGCUACUCUAAAGAACAGGAUCAAAGACGAGCUGAACAUCCAAAAAGAGGGAGGUGUAGGAAAGUACCUUAGAUUGCCAGAGCAUUUUGGGAGGAAAAAGAGGGAUCUCUUCUCCUCUAUAAUCGAUAAAAUUAGACAAAAAGGCAGCAGCUGGUCUAAUAGAUUUUUGUCCACAGCCGGUAAAAUGACGAUGUUGCAAAGUGUGCUAUCUCCUAUCCCGUCCUAUUCGAUGACGUGCUUCAAACUGCCGGUAUCUCUGUGUAAAAGAAUCCAGUCGGAGGUCACGAGAUUCUGGUGGGACGACCGUAACGGAAAGAAAAAAAUGGCUUGGACUUCAUGGGACAAGAUGACACAACCAAAGGAAAUUGGAGGCCUCGGAUUUAGAGAUUUCCAAGCUUUCAAUGAUGCGUUCCUGGGAAAGUUAAGCUGGCGAAUCCUUCAUAAUCCCGAUAUUCUACUGUCGAGAGUCUUACUGGGAAAAUAUUGUCCAGAAGAGAGUUUUCUCACGUGUACGGAUAAGACUUCUUCAUCGCAUGGAUGGAAGGGCAUUUUGAUUGGAAGGGAUCUGAUUGUAAAAAACAUGGGAUGGGUAGUAGGUAAUGGAAACUCCAUCACAGUGUGGUACUCUCCAUGGCUGAGUCUCACGGAACAGGAAGGGCCAAUGGGGCCGGCACCGGAAGCAGAAAUGAACAUGACAGUCUCUGAUCUAUUCUUAGAGGAAACAAAUGAAUGGGAUGAAGGAAAAUUGCACCAGUUGUUCCCACAGAUAGAAGAACAGAUCAAAGCAAUCAAACCAAGUCUAUCGGGGGCUCCCGACAAGAGAGUUUGGUUGGGAACUAAUACAUGGGAGUAUACAACUAAAUCAGGAUAUCAGGCUGCAAUCAAAACCAAGCGAGAGGAGAGAGGAAAUAUAGCCGACAUCAACAGAAUAGACUGGUUCAAAAGUGUUUGGAAACUGACCACAGCACCAAAAAUCAAGCUAUUUUUAUGGAAAGUGUUCCAGAAUGCUUUACCUGUUGGAGAGCUGCUUGCAGCUAGGAACAUCAGUGUAGACACAAGAUGUAAAAGAUGUGGGGAGCUUGAAUCUAUAAAUCACCUCUUCCUCCACUGUCCUUAUGCUCAAGGGGUAUGGCGAGCAGCCCCUGUGAUGCCGGCGGUGAAUGUGAGUGGAUGGAUAGAUUUAAAUGAGAUUUGGGUGAAUUUAUGCGGCAGAACUUGCCUACCUCCUACUGGUCUAGUGGAAGGACACCUAGCUCCAUGGAUUCUCUGGCAAAUCUGGUUGGCAAGAAACAGCCUUUGCUUCAACAAUACUAUAGUGACUGUGGAAGAAACAAUUACCAAAGCGGUGAGAAUGGCACGAGAAUGGAAUGCGUGCCAGGAUAAGACUGGAAAAAAAGGGAAAAAGUCACAUGCCAGAGAAGCUCACCCGGAAAAUUGUGUAAUUCUACAGUCAGACGCGGCCUGGAGAGCUUCCAGUCGAAGAGCAGGACUGGGCUGGAGUUUAAAGCUAGCGCGAGGAAUCUCGUCGGGAUCGGAGAGUAUAACAGCAGUAGUUUCAGCGCUUACAGCAGAAGGGCUGGCAUUGAGGAAGGCAAUUACAGAGAGUAAAAAGCUUGGUGUGAGGCGAAUGGUAUGUGAAUCUGACUCAGUUCAACUGAUCAACGCCCUCAAGGGGAGGGAAGUUCCCUUGGAGCUGUACGGAAUCGUUUGUGAUAUUGCUGAUCUGUCUUUCCAAUUUGAUUUCAUUUCUUUUCGUUGGAUUCCUAGAGAGAAAAACUCAGCUGCUGAUUUAUUAGCAAAGCAAAGCCUUGUAGAUGGUGAAGUCUUUAUGGCUACCACCUAA